UCUCUUUUCGCUUUUGACCAUGGCGCGGGAUCCAAAUGCCAGUGGUAGUGACACGGUCCCGUCGAAGGAGCCAAAGAGGAAGAAGGAUUACAAAAAGGAGGAAGAUCUGGUUCUUGUCGGAUGAAGAUUUAGCGUUGAAACAACAAUUAGAGUUGUAUGUGGAAAGGGUUCAGGAUCCUGAUCCUGGAUUGCAUAAGGUUGCACUUGAGAGCAUGAGGGUUCACAUUUGGGCUUAUAGAUUGAUGUGGAAGUUGUGGGUGACGGAGAUGGUGGACAACGGAUGGUGCGAAAUUAAUGGUGGGCGAAGGACUAGUGGCAGCAGAACUGAUGCACGACAGAUCAACUGGUGUCAUGCGGUGGUGCAAAUUAAACAACAGAGAUGGUGCAAAUCGGCAGUCUGA